UCUGAUUGCUUAUAAACAAUAACAAUUUAAUGAUAACCGUUAAUUGUACAAAAAACACUCUCAAACAGUUGAUAGUUAGUAAAUUGUUCCAAUCAUUUCAACAGUAAGGAGAUUGAAAUUUGAAAAUGUAUUUAAAACUUGUAACUUUUUUCUUAAUUGUCUCAAUUGUUUCAUCUGAUCCAAUUUCAUACACUGAAUGUGACAUCGAAACCAACAUCGGUAAAUUGGACUCUCUUGUAGUCCCUGGUGAUCCAAUUGUCGUUGGUACCUCACAUCCCGUUGAUCUUUCCCUAUCUGGAAGCAUUGACUCUGCCGUUAACGACGAUGUUGAUCUGGUUCUUAAAAUCGAGAAGCAAAUCUCCGUUUUCGGGAUCAAAAAGUGGAUCUCAGUUCCUUGUAUCGAUGAUUAUGGUUCGUGUACACAGAAAUUGAUUGAUUAUGUUACUCGUUACAACGAAACUUUUGUCUGCAAAUUACUGACCCAAAUGGGCAAACCCUGUUCGAUGCCCUUUUUACCUGGACAAUAUUCAGUAUCUAAUUUCAUAAUUCCAGUUAAUUUAUCCAAAAUUCCCCAGGCAAUUUUGUCUCUUGCAAAUGGUAAAAUCAAAGUUCAUUUGGAAAUCAAAAAUGAUUCUGUUCUCUAUUGUGUUGAUGUAGUUAUUGAUCUUGAUCUUGAAUCAAAUACUGAUGAUGGUAAACUAAUUGUUGAUGAAACUAAUCAUUCUGAAAAUGAUCAACAAGCUGACGAUUUAUCUUCACAAUAUGGUGGAUGGGCUGAUUUCAAUCCCUUCUGGAAUGAUUAGAUAAUUGUAAACUUUUUUUCGUUUUGUUCAAUUUAAAACUUUACAAAUGAUUUGAACCAAAUUAAAGUUAACAGAUUCAACGAUUA